AUGAAGAGAAGUGGCAUACCCAUAUCAAUGUUUCAAAAUUCAACGUUGUUGGCGGGAUGGUGCCGUGGGCGGCGACGGCCGAGGAGACGGAGAGGCUGCAUCAUUCGGCUCGGGAACAAGCGGCGGGGGUUCUGCAUGGGAUCCCGCACGGUGGUCCAAUGGGGUGCGGUGGUGGUUACUCCAUUCAGAAUCAUAAAGAAGAUGAUAACGGAGCUUACUCCAAGUGCAGGCUUCAUAGAUGCUUAUUACUCUUCUUUAUUACUACCCUUAUUACGCCCUCAACUAUUCCCUUUGUGUUGA